AUGUUGAUGCAUACAAACCCUGGAUCCGUCGUGAAACUGCAUAAAUCAGAAGGUGGCUUCUUCUUGUACGUUUUUGUAUCGUUGGAUGCAUCAAUUAAGGGAUGGGAUUAUUGCAAGCCUAUUGUGGUAGUUAAUGGGAACUUUCUAUCAGCGCGCAGGGGGACCUUAAUCACGGCUUACACGCAAAAUGCAGCUGAAGAUGAUGCAUCUUGGGAGUGGUUCUUUGAAAGGUUCAGGGAUACUUAUGGUGCUAGGGAAGGGGUGUGCAUAGUAUCCGACAUGCAUGAAAGCAUCUUAAAUGCGACUUCGGUUGUGUAUCCAGGAGUGCUUCACUGUGUAUGUAUGUUCCAUUUGUGGAACAACAUAAAGAUGAGUUACACGAAGAAUCAUAUACCUAUCAAGGAACUAUUCUUCGCGUCGGCCAAAGCAUACACGGUAGAAGAAUUUGACCGCCAUAUGGCUGAGAUAAAUAACAUCGAUAAGAGGGUCGGAGAAUACUUGUUAAAUGUUGGAUAUCAUAGAUGGUCACGAGCACAUUCCAAAGUCUUGGGAACCACGAUCAUGUCUUUAAACAUUGAGGAGUCUAUGAAUGCAGCGAACAACUAUGCAAGAGAUUUACCAAUACUGCAUUUGCUGGAAUACAUGAUGAAGUUGGUUCAGGAUUGGCAUCACGCGAACAAGAAAAAUGCAAUAGAGACAUCCACAAAGCUGGCAAAACAAUAUGAAGAUAUCAUGAGGGAAAGUUACAUUGCAUCUCAGAGAAUGACGGUGAAGCCUUCCACCGAUUACUUAUAUACUGUCAUUGAAGAUGAAAAACAAUUUGUGGUGAACCUGGGAGAGAGAACAUGCACUUGCAUAAGGUUUCAAAUAGAUGAAAUGCCGUGUCCGCAUGCUUUGGCAGUUGUCACGUACAGAAGCUUGGAUGCAUAUGAAUACUGCUCUAUCUACUACAACACGGAUUACUUGCUGAAAACGUAUGAAAUACCAGUGUAUCCUGUUUCCGAUGAAAGCACUUGGGACAUUCCUACAGAGAUCUUAGAAGAUGUGGUGCUACCGCCGACAGGUAGAAUUAAACCGGGAAGGCCAAAGAAAUUGAGAAUCCAGUUGUUGCCGGGAUCACAAGCUAAGAGUAUAGUUACUCAACUAGUGACUGGGUCAAUGCUCGCAAAGGAUGCUACUAGGACAACACACUCAAUGCAAGCGAAAUAUAGAGUCAAGCUUCAAACCAAGGUUCAACAACAGUAA